GUCACCAUUUCGGGCAACAACCCCUUCACUUCCCUUAAACCCUUUUCAUCACCUCUCUCUUGAUUUCUCUCUCUUCAUCUCCCACAGAACGAACUCACACGCCCACAAAAAUUCCCCCGAUCCAUCACAUUUCUGCAUAGAGAGGUGUAUGAUAUAAUUUCAUCCUGUUUCGAUCUGAAAAUGGGAGCGGGAAGGAGAACUGAGACCUAUACUCUGCCUUCUAAUCAAGACCUGGUACCCUAUGCUGUGUCUGCAAGAAAUUUGAUGAAGAAUCACCUAGGUGCAGUCAUCUUUGGGUGCACGCACAGCACAAUGAAUGAAUGUCUAUCAAAACAACUCUUUGGUUUACCGGCUCCACACCUGAUAUAUGUGAAGAAAGUUACACCUGGCUUACCACUAUUUCUGUUCAACUAUAGUGACAGGAAGCUAUAUGGUAUCUUUGAGGCUACUGGUCAUGGCCAAAUGAAUAUUGACCCAUACGGAUGGACCGCUGAUGGGUCAGGGAGGACCCAAUUUCCUGCACAGGUUCGGAUGCGUGUUCGGCAGCAGUGCCGACCACUGCUUGAAAGCCAGUUUAAACCAAUAAUUGCUGAUAACUACUUCAAUCCACAGCAUUUCAUGUUUGAGCUUGAUCAUGUUCAAACAAGAAAUCUGCUAUCUCUGCUAGCACCAUUGACGAUUUCUCCAGGUAAACCAACACCACAGAAUCCAAUGCUGAGGGAAACUGAUUUUCGAGCUCUUCCAUCAUCGAGUACAAUACAGAAAGCUGAAUCGUGUAAGCCGCCCACUUCAGAGGCUGAGAAUCCUACUCCUGUACCCAACUGGGAAACUGAUUUUCCAGCUCUUCCAACUCGGAAUACAAUACAGAAAACUGAAUUGCUGAAACCACCCACUUCAGGGGCUGAGAAUUUGACUUCUGUACCCACAGUGAACUGGGAAAGUGAGUUUCCAGCUCUUCCAUCACGUAAGACAUUACAAAAGAAAGCUGUAUUGUGUAAUCCAGCCACUUCUGCAACUUCUAUGCCACAGAAUAGAGUGGAGCUGGAAACUGAGCAUCUGAACAGUUCAACUCUUAAAGGGGGUUCGUCAUGUUCUACACAUCAGAAUACAGUGAAGUGGGAAGCUGAUUUUCCAGAUUUUCCCUCAAUUAACAUAAUACAGGAACCUGAAUGGCUUGAAGCACUUAUUUCAGAGGCUGAGCAUUUGAAUAGUUCAAAUCUUGAAGCACUUAUUUCAGAGGCUGAGCAUUUGAAUAGUUCAAAUCUGAAAUUGGAUUCUGUACCUUUGGCUGGAGAUGCUGUAGAUAGCAAGGCAGAGAGUCCAUACUCCCAGUUUGAUCAGAAGAGUGGAGAGAGUUCUUGCUACUUUUCUGCGCAGAGUCCUGGAUCCAUGUUCUAUCCGGGGAUCAUUACUAAGUUGCUUCAAGAGGUGCAAGAGCUGAAGGCGUCUAGUACUGCACAGACUGAGAAGAUGAGCUAUUUGGAGGAUAAGCUGGUGCAGGCGUCGUUUGAAAUUCAACAGUUAAAAGACUUGUUAAUGGAUGGGAGUCUGAGUCUACACCCUCCAUAGCAUAUAUCGAUGAGAAGGAUAUUGAAGGAAUGAUCGACUGACAUUGCCGUAACACUGCCAGUGCGAGUUGACUAAAGCCAAGUUCCUUGACUCGCCCGGGGCAUUUACAAUGACUGAACUACUCCUGUUUUAUGGUCUGUAUAUUUUGACGCCCGGGGCAAUUACAAUGACUGAACUACUCCUGUUUUAUGGUCUGUAUAUUUUGACGAAACCCUUCGAGGAAGCUUAUAGUAGUCAAGUUGCAAAAUGACUUGAUUUGUGUAGACUAGGCGACUAGCAUCAAGAUGAUGGCGAAAAUUUACCUUGAUAUGCUAUGACAAAUCAAAAUGAAUGAAAAGCUAGAGUUUUUGCUCUUGUCUCGGUUGAUGUCAACCCAAAUGAAACCUGACCAGAUAAACAUUCAAUGUUCAUACAGUAGCAGCGUAUAGCUGAGACUAAUACAGCUUAUUAGGCAAUUAUACAACAGUCAUCUGACAGAACUGGACAGGUCUGAUGGUUUACAAGUCAUGACGAUUUGCUAUUGUAAUCUCAAAAAUACUCACCCGGUGAA